AUGUACAUAAAACUAAAUGAUGUGAAAAGAAAAAUGUAUAUCUAAAUCGUUAAAAUUAUAUAGAGGGGGAUUGCAAUAUUCAAUAUUGUCACCUUAAGACACUAUCAACCUUGCUGAAGUGAAAAUAUAUCAAGAUAAAAAUUAUGAUAGGACAACAGGAAAAAAUAUUGAACAUGGACCUCUAGAUUUAAGAAUGGGAUAAAGUUUACGAGAUACUUAAUGUAGAAGUUGCAAUCUGAUGAGUGAAUGUCCAGGUCAUUUUGGAUAUAUUUCAUUAUAAUUACCAAUCUAUCAUUUGGGAUUCUUUAAUCAUAUUGUAAAAUGUUUAAAAUGUUUAUGUUACGUAUAAUUUAUAAUUAUAUAGAAAUGUGGAUAAAUAAGAUUGAAAUCCGAUGAGAUUAAUCAAUUAACUUAAAAAAUGUUUCACUGUCUAGAAACGCGAUCAUACAAUGCAUAACUUAAGGUAUUCAAAAAAGUAUUGAAAAAAUGUCGUUUAAAUAAAUAAUGUCCAAAUUGUUAUUGUGAAUAGAUUGGAGAAGCUAAGAAAUUAGCAAAAGGAGAUGCAGGUAAGAUAAUUUUAGAUAAAAUGGAUAUAAAUGCAUUAUAUGCUUGGAAUUAGUUUAGUAAUAUUCCAAAAUAACAUUAAAUAUUGUUUUGUAUAAAUCCUUUUUUGAAUGAUUUAUCUGAUUUACUUACAUCUGUAAUUCCCGCUCCUCCAAAUAAUAUAAGACCAAGCAAAAUGUUAAGCAAUACUACAAAAGCAGAUGAAGAUGAUUUAACAAUGAAAUUAAAAACUAUUCUCUAUCAUAACGAUUUGUUAUAGAAAUAAAUCAAAGAUGGUAAAGAUGGAAUAUCAAUUCUUAAAACCUAAUUCUUAACGCAAGCACAUUACUUUCAUUAUUUCAAUAGUGAGACACCUAGAUUACCUUAGUUUUCAAGUAAAGAUGGUAAAGUUGAUAUACGUGGUAUUUAUUAGAGACUUAAAGGUAAGAGAGGUAGACUCAGAGGUAAUCUAUCUGGUAAGAGAGCAGAGUUUACAGCUAGAUCAGUUAUAUCACCUGAUCCUAAUCUAGCUAUUGAUUAAGUUACUAUUCCAUAACAUAUAGCUCUGAUUCUAACUGUCCCAGAAACUGUAACAGAUUUAAAUAUCAGAAAAAUGAGAUUGUAUGUUAAAAAUGGACCAUCAAUCUAUCCAGGUGCUAAAUUUGUUACUCUUGCAGGAGUUAAAUAAAAUUUAAUGUAUGCUAGGAGAGCCUUUUUAGCAUCUAAAUUAAAGAUUGGAGAUAUUGUAGAUAGACAUCUAUUAUCAGAAGAUAUUGUUAUUUUUAAUCGUUAACCAUCUCUUCAUAGAAUUUCUAUGAUGGCAUUUAGAGCCAGAGUUGAUAAAUGGCAUACUCUUAGAUUUAAUGAAUGUGUUUGUACACCAUUUAAUGCUGAUUUUGAUGGAGAUGAAAUGAAUAUUCAUCUACCCUAAACUUAUGAAGCUAGAUCUGAAGCAUUAAUCUUAAUGGAUGUGAAAAAAAAUCUUAAAACUAUCAAAAGUGGAGAAUCUCUUGUUUGCUUAUUAUAAGAUUUUCUUACUACAGCUUGGUUAAUUACUAAUAAAGAUGUGUUCUAUUCAAGAGAAUAAUUUAUGUAAUUUUGUGCAGCCUUCUCAGAUUCUAAUGAAUAAAUUGAUAUACCAGCUCCUACUAUUCUUAAACCAAAAUAGUUAUGGACAGGUAAAUAAGUUAUUAAUUCAUUACUUGUACCAAAUAGAAAAACUAGAUUAAUAUUAAAUUUAGAAGCAAAAGAAAGUAAUGCAUUUAAAGGGAAGUUGGAUUAUUUAUGGAUGGAUCCUGGUGAUGGAUAUGUAGUUUUUGAUAAAUCGGAAUUAGUUUGUGGCAAUAUAGGUAAGAAAGUAUUGGGAGCAUCAAAACUAGGAUUGUUUUAUGCUUUAAUACGAGACAAUUCAACAUAGAUAGCAGCAUCUGUAAUGUAAAGAUUUGCAAAAUUGUCUUCAAGAUGGAUAUCUCAUUAUGGAAUGACAAUAGGGAUAGGAGACGUGAUGGCACCUAAAUCAUUGAUAGACUAAAUACAUUAAAGUACAGAAUAGAGUUACUUAUAAUGUAAACAUUACUAAAGAAGUGUGAUUGAUGCUGAUCCUGGAUUGACAGUAGAAUAGACAUUGGAAGCAAAAGUAAAUAAGACAUUGUCAGAUGUAAGAGAGUAAGUAGGUUCAAAAUGUUAAGAAUAAUUGAAAAGUGAUAAUAAGGUAUUAAUAAUGUAUCUGUGUGGUGCAAAAGGUAGUAAUGUAAAUGUAGCAUAAAUGAUUGGUUGUGUAGGAUAAUAAGUAAUAUCAGGAAAAAGAGUACCUGAAGGAUUUACUGGACGUACUUUACCACAUUUCAAAGAUUGCGGAGAUCGUUAUCCAAAUUUAGAUAUUUUACAUCCAAAAGCAAAAGGAUUUGUGAAAAAUAGUUUCUACACAGGAAUGGAUGCAAUCGAAUUUUAUUUUCAUAAUAUGGCAGGUAGAGAAGGAUUGACAGAUACUGCAGUAAAAACAGCUACAACUGGAUAUAUGUAACGUAGAUUAGUAAAGAUGCUUGAAGAUUUACAUAUUGCUUAUGAUUUAACAGUACGUUCAUGUGAUACUAAAGAGAUAGUAUAGUUUCAUUAUGGAGAAGAUGGAUUAGAUCCUUUAGCAGUUGAAGAUGCUAAUGAAGUCAUUAAAUUAUAAAAUAUAUUGACUAAUUCUUUUACUGUUUUGAGAAAGAAUUAAUUAUUAUUAAGUAAAGAUGAAAUGUUGAUUGAAUUAAAUAAAUUGUUUAUGAUUAUUGAAGAGAAACAUAAAAAGUUCUUAGAAAAUUAUGAAGCUACUUAUAAUAAAGAAAAGAAUAGAGUAUUAGCAAUGUUUAAGAGCACUACCUAAUUAGUUUCUGAAAAGCAAUUAUAAUGGUUUAUAAGAAGUUGGAUGGAAAGAUUCUUAAGUAUGGUUAUGGCACCAGGUACUAGUGUUGGACCUAUUACAUCAUAAUCUAUUGGUGAACCAGCUACUUAAAUGACUUUAAAGACUUUUCAUUCUGCUGGUGUUGCAGGAAUGUCUAUUACUUAGGGAGUACCUCGUUUAAAUGAAAUUAUUAAUGCUAGUAAAGAAAUUAAAACACCUUAAAUUAAUGUUAAAUUAAUAACUAGAAAAAUUAUGGAUGAUGCUAAAAAAUAUAUGAAAACUAAUGACCCUUAAUAUAAACAAGCCCACUUAACUGUUUUACAAUCUCCUUAAUAGGCUUAAGAUGUUAAUAUUCAAAUUGAAUAAACUAAGCUAAUGUAAAUAUUAAAAAGAAUGGAUGAAAUUUAUACAACGGAUAAUUGUUAUAUUGAAUUAGAAUUAGAUUUAGAAUGUUUAACUAAAUUGAAACUCGAAUUUGUCACCACUAAAUAUGUGUGUAAUCUUAUUUAUAAAGAAUUAAAAUUAAGAACUGAUGAUGUUAAAUAUGAUAAAAAAUUGAUUCGUAUUACAGUUACCAAGAAUUCUAAAGUAACCAAAAAUUCUAAAAAGAAACAAUCAGAAAAUUUAUUAUUUUUAAUAAAAGAUCUAUAACGUAAAUUAUUGAAAUUGCAUAUUUAUGGUUGCCCUAAUAUUAAAUAAACAGUUAUCUAAGUUACUGAUAAGGAUGAUAAAGAUAAUGUUAAAGGAGAAGCAAGAUUGUUUGCUUCAGGUAUUGGAUUCAAGGAGAUACUAAGAUUAGAUAAUAUUGAUUGGAAAAGGACUGUUAGUAAUCAUAUUAUGGAAAUUCAAAGUGCUCUCGGAAUCGAAGCUGCCAGAUAAAGUAUUGUUAAUGAAGUCUAUACUACUAUGUAAAGUCACAGCAUUUCCAUUGAUAUUAGACAUAUCUUAUUAUUGGCUGAAUUGAUGACAUUUAAAGGUAUUAUUUAUAUUUUAUUCAAGGACGUAUACUUGGAUUUACAAGAUAAGGAAUUGAUUAACUUAAAAAUUCAGCAUUAAUGCUUGCAUCCUUUGAAAAAACUAUGGAUGUAUUUUUUAAUGCUGCCAUACAAGGAAAAUAAGAUUCAAUGAAUGGAGCAUCAUAAAGAGUAAUUAUUGGAUAAAAUGUACCAUAAGGAACAGGCAUGUUUGAUUUAAUGUUUCCUGUUCAAAACAGCGUUAUUUUAGAUAGUCCGAUUAAAUAAAAUUAGUUUUUAUUUGCUUCUAAAUGA